AUGCCACCAACCGAACACACAAUCCUCACCAUCUUUCUCAUUCCCCCCGCCCCCCUCCCUACAAUCAUCACCCUCCAAUCCUUCACCAACCUCUUCCCCCGCUCCCAACAAUCUUCCCCCGCAAUCCGCACCCUCUACCGCGAUCUCCAGCACCAACGCGCAAAAUUGGUCGAUACCGUUACCACAGAGAUAGAGCGGGAAGUACGGCGCGGAAAAACUAUGGAGAGGGCGGUUGUGAGGGGAAGAAGAGCGGAUGAGAGAGUUGUGCAGGAUGAUGAGGUGGAAAUUGAACGCGCUCUAACUCAAACCCCCCUUUCCAACCUCCCCACCACCAACCCCCACUCCCUACACUCGAUCCUCCCAUCCCUAGCAUCCGCAAUCGAAGAUCUCGACGAUGAAAUCCAACGACUCGAUAUCGAAACACAAGAGCUGGUGGUAGAAAUGCAGAAUACGGUGGGGGGAUUGAGUGAUUUGCGGUAUGGGAGGUUGGCGAAUGCGGGGCUGAGUAUGCAGGUGUUGGAGGGGUUGGAGAGGGUUGAGGGGGCGGCGGGAGGGAAGGGAGGGGUGGGGGGGAAGUGA